AUGUUCGAAAACCUCGCACUGCUCGAACAAAAUAUCUGCAACUUCGCGCACGAAACAUUUCCGAAUGAUGAGAUGAAAAACCAGCUCAUCUCAUGCAGUUUAAGCAUAUCUAAUCGCCGAUUAUAUAUGGGGUUUAAUCCAUUUCCGAAUAUCCUGGUUCUCGCGUCCGUCGUUUUGCUCGCCGAUCGCUUUUCCUCUGCCUACGGGAAAUUAAACGACACAAAAAAUCUUGCCGUCACCCCUAUUAAUCACAAUCUUUACCAUACCAGUGGAGCUUUACUGGAGGAAAUUGAAUCAUUGGUCCAUCGACACUCAGAGAAACUUUCAGCUUUGUUCAUGCCGUACGAUCACAAAAACGCCACCCCUUCAGGAAUACCCACCCAGAUAAUGAAAUCAGUUCUUAAAGAUUUGAACCAUUUUCACCUCAAAGAUCAAUGUUUAAUUGGGUCUGGUGGAGGCUCUGUGGGGUACCUGGCCCACGGGACUGCGACAGAUUAUAUGUUUGAUGUUGCAAGGGUGCCCAUGGCUUUUACCUUCGAGAUUUACGGAGAUCCUAAAGCCUCCUCGACAGACUGUUUUAAAAUGUUCAAUCCUAUAGAUAUCACCUCCUUCAAUAGGGUUUUGAAUGAGUGGUCGGCUGCAUUCUUCAAGAUGUUCACGAUAGACGUAAUGCAGAUGGAUGGGGUUGAGACAAAGGCAGUAGUGUCCAGUUUUGACAAAUGGAUAUCAAUAGAUGACUACCUGAAUGGAUAUUUAAUGCACAGGAAAAGUAGAUACAGCAAGAAGAUGGAGGUUCUUGACCUCGGAUUCCAGGAGAUAAGGACGUAUUUCAGGUUGUUCUUGUUGUCUUCCGUACUCUUGCUCUUCAUGUUUUGCUCCAGAAUUUCUAAGAGCGCCAGGCCCAUUGUUGCCUCCAUGUUUCUUUAA